AUGGAAUUAGAUACAAUCAAACUUCAUCAAAUCUUACCGUUGUUUCCAAGUGAAAUUCAUGAAAAAACAAAAGAAAUUUAUGAACAAAUUCCAGAAACAUUAUUAAAAUUCUUAGAUUUAACAGAAAUCGUUAAAACUGCUGAAUGUUAUGAAUCUGAUUUACAUCAUAAUACAUACACUCCAAUAAGUCGAAGUGAAUAUUGGGCAAGUUUAUGUCAAGCUUCUAAUGCUCUUAUACCAAAAAACAUUUACUAUCAAAAUGAAAUCAAAAUUAAUUCAACACAUUCAAAUGUAGAUCGAUCGAAAGGAAAAUCAAAAAAGCAAGUUCACCGUUUAAUAUUACCUAUGAAAUAUAACAAUAAACAUGCAAAUAAUCUUCGCAUACAUUUACUUGAUUCAAUACGAAAGACAUUUCAUGAUCAACAAAUUAUAGAAAUAACAUCAGAUAUUCUUGCUGAUCAAAUUGUACGAAAAUGUUUAGAACAAUGUCCAGAUUGGGGUGAAAAACAAUGUAAAACUUCAUCAACAAUUGUUCGAUGUAGUUUAACUGAUGUUAUAGAACAAGAAUCAUCAUUAGUAAAUAUCAAUAUAGAUGUAUAUGCUCAUCUUAGAUAUGAAUAUGAACGAUCAUUUCUUCCUUGGAAAAAUGAUAACCAACCAAAAAUUGGUUAUGACUUAACUAUUGGAUUAAGUGGUAUAUCAAUUAAUUGCAUGACAUUAAUAGAAUUUUGUGAAUUAGUAGCUGAAAAUGAUGUUUUAAAUGUAAUUGCAAUCAUUGAAAAAAACCAAUCCAACAAUGAUAUCAAGUGA